AUGUCGCUUGAUUCUGGCAAAAUGAUUGAAUACAUCGCAGACCGCCUGUAUCUGGCAUCCUAUGACUCCGCACCAAGCUCUAGAACGCACUUCCCAUUCCCUGCCGAGUCCUCCAAGUCCCCAAGCAAGCGGUCGCGUGCUCAACCCCCAGCUACACCUAGCACCAAGCGUCGCAGCCCCGUGUACUUCACCGUCGAUGAUACUCUCCUUUACAAUGCCUUCCACGCGGACUUUGGCCCACUCCACAUUGGCCACUUGUACAGAUUUGCAGUACUUUUCCAUGAGAUUCUCGGCGACCCAGCCAACAGCGACCGGCCCGUGGUCUUCUACAGCAAGACCGAUGCGCGAAGCCGUGCGAACGCAGCAUGCCUUGUUGCAUGCUACAUGGUCCUAAUCCAGUCAUGGCCACCCCACUUGGCCCUCGCACCGAUUGCACAGGCUGAUCCUCCAUACAUGCCGUUCCGCGAUGCUGGAUACAGCCAGGCGGAUUUCGUCUUGAACAUCCAAGACGUUGUAUAUGGAGUGUGGAAGGCCAAAGAGAAGGGUCUGUGCGGUCUCCGAGACUUCAACCUUGAAGAAUAUGAAAAGUUUGAGAGAGUCGAUAUGGGUGACUUCAACUGGGUGACACAAGAUUUCCUCGCUUUCGCUUCCCCUCAACAUCAACCCGUGGAGCCGGUCCCCGCAAACACCCCCGAAUACGAUGCCCUGCCCUCCACCAUCUCUGAGGUUUGCUCUGCCAAACUGCCUUUGUCAUUCAAGAAUGUCCUAGUUCACUUCGCGUCGCGGAAUGUGGGUCUUGUGGUUCGGUUGAAUUCGGAGCUUUACAGCCCGUCUUACUUCACAGCUAUGGGUAUCGCUCAUAUCGAUAUGAUCUUCGAAGACGGCACUUGCCCACCCCUACAACUUGUACGCAAGUUCAUCAAGAUGGCCCAUGAGAUGAUCACCGUGAAGAACAAGGGUAUUGCUGUUCACUGCAAGGCAGGCCUUGGUCGCACGGGAUGCUUGAUUGGUGCCUAUCUGAUCUACCGCUAUGGCUUCACUGCCAAUGAAGUCAUUUCUUUCAUGCGAUUCAUGCGACCUGGCAUGGUUGUAGGACCUCAGCAACACUGGCUGCAUCUCAACCAGGGCUCGUUCCGCGAAUGGUGGUUUGAGGACAGCAUGCGCGAGAAGAUGGCACAGUCCGCCCCUGUCACUCCUGCUCGUAUGUCAACCAAGAAGCGCGCAAGCAAUGGCGUUUAUGAGGAGAACCUCCCAGCUCCAACCCCCGGUCAACCCCGUAAGUCGCACCGAAAGGACUCUCGUCACCACCCUUACUCCCGCACCGCAUCUGGAUCACUAGCUGUGGAGCAUGAAGGACACAAGAGUGAACAGCGCAGCAAGGGCCACCGCCUCAGCAACGAGAGCAGUGAGAGUGACGAAGAGAUUCAGCUUCGUAUGUUGGCCAAGAAAUCAUCAAAGUCUCCUGUUGCAUCACCUACACGAUCCAUCAGCUACUCAGCAACUGUCACUGCCAGCUACACCUUGACAGAUGACAUCCAUGAUGAUCAGGAGAACUGGGUCGAAAAUGCCGCCCCCAAGACUCCUAUCAGCCGCAAGAGUGGUGGCGCCCCUAUUUCUGUUAGCAAGGUUCGCACCAGCCCCCGGCGGGCAACAGAUAGCUCCAAGGGUGAAUCCCGAGGCGUUCGCAAGCCCAGUGGUCGCAUCGGAAGCACAUCAAGCCCCGCUCGCGCUGUUCGACCUGUUCAAUAA